GAAAACAUUAAAAGAAGGAAAGGUGUAACAACCCAAAAACCAUGGAAUUGAACCACAUUUCUUUCUCAAAGAUUUUCUUGCCCGUUUUGGUCCUACUUUUGGUCAUCGGCGGAAAGGCCGCUGAUGCAAAGAAGGAUAAAUCUUUCUGCGUCAUCCAUACCGAAUCCCGUGACGUACUAAAACGCUGUAACAAUGUCGUGAAGGGAGCCGAGACUUGGCAACAGGCCAUGACAAAGGUCCUCAAUGCGGCCCAAAAAGAAGUGGCCCCACUCGUGCCGGCGAUCACAAACAUACCCAACAAUCCCGCCUUUCCCGGACCCCGGCCCAACAAACUUAUGCAGGAAGCCUGCGUCAAUCCACGUGGCUUGUUUCAGUUGGACAGUUCCAUAGCUAGAGCUUUGAAGGGAGUGGAGGGGCUGAAGGAUAUUGAUACUGGUAAUUACCAGGAUAUCCGAGAAGGGAUUCAUGGUAUGAAUAAUACUUUAGACGCUUGCGUUUCUGGGUUUGUCCGUCAGGGAAUUACUCCACCACCUGAAGUUCAAAAGUAUGUGGAUAUUACCUCCAAAUAUUUCACCCUUGCUUUGGCUGUUUAUCGCACACGGUAAAAAAUAAAAAAUAAAAAAAUGUAUAUUAAUUGUUGGUGAUGGGGGAUUCAUUGUACCUGUUAGACCCCCAAAUACAUUUUGGGUCUUUUCGACGGACAAAUGUAGAUAAUGUAUGUGGCUUCACCUGUUUAAGCACGGAUCGGUAUGAUAUGUGAAAUGUAUCUUCUUCUUUUUUUUCUUUUAUCAUUUUUAUAUUCAAAGUUCUUGGAUACAAAUUAAGAAUGUAUCGUAGGCCUUUGCUUAUCGUUUGAACGCAUUUUUUUUAUCCUAGACUCUUAUGGGAAAUGAAGAAUCAUACCCGGUUGAUUCAUUUAUUUGUCAAACUUAACUUGAACGAAUUUUUUAGUGAUCAAUUCAAGUGUGGUUCUAUUGCUUAUAAUUACC